AUGCUUGCUGCUCUAUAUUCAGGUUCCGAAAAGAAAUAUCCUUUCAUAAAAGUAAGCGGAACAACUAAUGCGUUGAACAAAGCCAAGCAAGAGUUAAAGUCUGGUGGUUUCACUUAUGGAAAUGGGCCUAUCCAGGUUGGCAAUCUCUACGAAGCGAACAUUGACGCUGAAGUGAAAUUUAUGGCCCAUAGCGGUAUAGUCGGGUGUGGAUGGGUGGAAAUUCCAAUUGGUAAAGGAAAAAUACAUCAGGCCAAAUCAAAUACUUCGAGAUGUCAGCUUGAAGUUGAAGUGAAACUUGAGGACCUUGUCGUGCAUGAUCCAGAGGGUGAAUGGGCAGAUGUGGCACCUAUACGCACCCUUUCACUCGAUAUUGAAUGCAUGGGUCGGCGCGGAAUCUUCCCUGAUGCUAGCGAAGAUCCUGUCAUCCAGAUUGCUAAUAUGGUCAAGGUGAGCCUUUUAGCAAUUGUGACCAUCCAUACUCGGGUGGAAGGCGAAUCUGAACCGUUCAUACGAAAUUGUUUCGUCUUGGGAACAUGUGCUCCUGUCAUUGGUUCUGAAAUCAUUGAGUGUAAAAAUGAAGAGGAUUUGUUAGAGAAGUCAGGCUGUUCAUCUUACUAUUUCUUCUCUAAGUGGGCGGAAUUCGUGCGUACAGUGGACCCGGAUAUCAUCACCGGUUACAACAUUCUCAAUUUUGAUUUACCGUAUAUUUUGGAUCGCGCAAAGGUUCUGAAGCUACCAUCAGUAGCGCUGUUGGGAAGACAGCGCGAUCGCGCAUCAGGCGUUCGUGAUGCCGCGAUUUCUUCAAAGCAGAUGGGAAGUCGCGUCAACAAAAGCAUUGAUAUACAUGGAAGGAUCAUCUUUGAUGUUCUGCAGGCAUGCUCAUCUUUUGCUUAUUUUUUCCCGCCAAAAUUCAUGGGAAUUUUUUAA